GUUUUAUUUGACAGCGCUUCAGAACGAGGAACUAAACAACUCUUGGCAGCAGUACCGGAGACAUGUGUGGAAUAUUUGCUUAUCUGAAUUACCACGUUCCUCGUACUCGACGUGAGAUCCUUGAGGUCCUUAUCAAAGGUCUCCGCCGUCUGGAAUACCGUGGCUAUGACUCUGCAGGUGUGGGUAUUGAUGGAGGAAAUGGUAAGCAAUUGGAAACCAAAAGGAACACCAUCAAUCUCAUCAAACAAACGGGAAAAGUAAAGGCCUUGGAGGAUGAAAUCCUUAGGCAACAGGAGGUUGAUCUCGAUGUUGAGUUUGACGUGCACCUUGGAAUUGCCCAUACUCGCUGGGCCACGCAUGGCGUCCCCAGCCCUGUCAACAGCCACCCGCAAAGAUCAGACAAGAACAACGAGUUCAUUGUUAUCCAUAAUGGGAUCAUCACCAACUACAAAGAUCUGAAGAAGUUUCUGGAGAGUAAAGGUUAUGAGUUUGAGUCUGAGACAGACACUGAGACCAUUGCCAAGCUGGUGAAGUACUUGUAUGAUAACCGUGAGAACGAUGACAUCACCUUCGCCACCCUCGUGGAGCAAGUCACACAGCAACUGGAAGGAGCUUUUGCCCUGGUUUUCAAAAGUGUGCACUAUCCAGGAGAGGCAGUAGUCACCAGGAGAGGAGGUCCAUUACUGAUCGGCGUAAGAAGUGACCACAAGCUGUCCACGGAUCACAUUCCCAUCCUGUAUCGCUCCGCUGCUAAGGACAAAAAGAGUUGUAAUACUCUACCCAGGAUGGAUCAGGACACAUGUCUGUUCCCUGUGGAUGAUAAAGCUGUGGAGUAUUACUUUGCAUCGGAUGCCAGUGCUGUUAUUGAACAUACCAAUCAAGUCAUCUUCCUUGAGGAUGAUGAUGUUGCGGCAGUGAGCGACGGACGUCUCUCCAUCCAUCGGAUCAAACGUACAGCGGGAGAUCACCCAGCCCGUGCCAUACAGACCCUUCAGAUGGAACUGCAGCAGAUCAUGAAGGGUAAUUUCAGUUCCUUCAUGCAGAAGGAAAUCUUUGAGCAGCCAGAGUCUGUGGUCAACACCAUGAGAGGAAGAGUAAACUUUGAGAACAACACAUUGAUCUUGGGAGGGCUGAAAGAUCACAUCAAAGAGAUCCAAAGGUGUCGUAGACUCAUUCUGAUCGCUUGUGGGACCAGUUACCAUGCUGGAGUUGCAACUCGUCAGGUUUUGGAAGAACUAACUGAACUCCCUGUCAUGGUGGAACUGGCCAGUGACUUCCUGGAUCGAAACACACCUGUGUUCCGAGAUGACGUGUGUUUUUUCAUCAGCCAGUCAGGGGAGACAGCAGACAGCCUGUUGGCUCUGCGUUACUGUAAGGAGAGAGGCGCUCUUACUGUGGGCAUCACGAACACUGUGGGCAGCUCUAUCUCAAGAGAAUCCGACUGUGGCGUUCACAUCAAUGCUGGACCAGAAAUCGGAGUGGCUAGCACCAAGGCAUACACAAGUCAGUUUGUGGCUCUCAUCAUGUUUGCCCUGUUGAUGUGUGAUGACAGAAUUUCCGUGCAGCCAAGGAGGCGAGAAAUCAUACAGGGUCUCAAAGUGCUGCCAGAUUUGAUUAAAGAGGUGUUGAGUCUGGAUGAGGAGAUCCAGAAGCUGGCGGCUGAGCUGUACCAGCAGAAGAGCGUUCUCAUCAUGGGCCGUGGCUACCAUUAUGCCACCUGCUUGGAAGGAGCUUUGAAAAUUAAGGAGAUCACAUACAUGCAUUCUGAGGGCAUUCUGGCCGGUGAGCUGAAGCACGGCCCGUUGGCUCUAGUGGACAAACUCAUGCCUGUCAUCAUGAUCAUCAUGAGAGAUCACACAUACACAAAAUGCCAGAAUGCACUGCAACAGGUGGUGGCCAGACAGGGGCGUCCAAUCGUGAUCUGCGAUAAGGAAGACUACGAGACCAUCAAUAACUCAAGCCGCACCAUAAAAGUGCCUCACUGUGUGGACUGUCUUCAGGGAGUUCUCAGUGUCAUCCCUCUACAGCUGCUCUCUUUCCACCUCGCUGUGCUCCGCGGAUUCGAUGUUGAUUGCCCGAGAAACCUGGCCAAAUCUGUGACUGUAGAGUAAACACCAGCUGAUCGAUCAAUACCCCAAACACACACACAAAUACAAAGAACAGACUAUCAAAGACUUGAAGAAAAUGUUUCUUUUGACAUGUUAGCUUUCAUAUUCUGAAAGAAUAAGAAGUAUAUCUCCAAUUGUAUCUUUUCUCAAUGCACGAAUUGUGAAGCAUCAUAUCAUAGUUGUUGACUGGAUUAUGUUUAUGUUGAUGGCGCUGUAUGGGGUGGUCGUAUAAGAAACAUUCUUGACAGAUUAACUACAUAUUACAUGGUGUAUGCUAUAGCAAACACUAUGUUUUCCUACUUAUUAUUUGUUUGCUUUUCAUAAUUAAUUUGGCCCACAAUGGCUUUCAAAUGUUUUUAUCAAAUACACAAGCAUUUGUGUAGGGAGAUUGAUGAUCAUAAUUGGCAAUCAAUCAAAAAUGGCUUAGAUUUUUAAAAGGUUGCUUACUUUACAAAAUCCCAUUAUCCCAGUCAUGUGGUAUUUGACGCUGAAACGGAACUAUGAAAGACUGCUUAGUGGUUGUUUGCACACUUCUUGUAGUCUUUCCUAUUUGCUGCUAUUCAAAGGGAUGGUUGUGGUACGGGUAAACACUUUUCUCUUCUGGAUAAUCUGGAAUGCCAUGUCACAGGGAUUUCCUGUGCUUGAAUUAGCAUUUGUUGAAGUAAUGCUAAAGUGUAUUUGGGAGAACUUAAGUGAGAUAACUAAACUUGAGCCUUCAAUUUUGCACUUCCAUCUAUUUUAAUGAAAUCGUUUCCUCAUAGGUCAUGUAAAGUACAUAUUUAUUAUCUUUCAUUCUUGUUGCAAUAUAUUUGAAAUCAUGUCAGAAUAAAUGAAAAAUGGUUGAGGGGUGAUGAAGGGUAAAAUAUGAAGUAAAUGCAUGAUGUUUACUCGGCGGAUAUUUAUUGCAAGUGUUUCUGUUUCACUAUGUGCUUUGCCAAACUGGGUCAGUGAAAUUUUGUUGAUUUUGCACAAACAUCUACCGGUAUGAUAAAAAACAGUUCACCAUUACAAACUGAAAUGUUUUCUUAACAUGGUUUCAUGAAGACAAGGUUUUCCAUAAGAAAAUGAUGUUUUAACCUUGACUAAACAUAUUAAUCGUAAAAAGGAAUACUGUAUCUAGUAACUGUGUAGAUGUUCACAAUCGCUUUGUCUUUUGAUAUGAGAUCCAUCUAAAGGUACAUUCAAUACAUCAUGUGGCUUCCACUUUUGGUCUUUUUGGUUCCUUUGUUUCGGCUGGAUAACUAAGGCCUUGUUUUAUGUAAAGUAUGAAGGGGAUCGUGAGUUGGUCUCCAGUUUACAGUUGUACUGCCAAUGAAAAGAGAACAUGAAGUAUUUCUUUACAAAGCAGCUGCCCCAUACAACGCCACCUUCAUUUUUGAAUGUUUCUUUGGGACCAUUUUGUCUUAAUUAUUAUUAUUGGGUAAAGAAGACAUAUAUAUAUAUAUAUAUAUAUUUUUUUUUCUGUUAAAUGUAUUCUCGUUCCUAUAUUAUUUCUUGUGAUUUUCGUUUAUUUCAUUUAUGCCGUUAUAAUUGUGCAUAAUAUUACCCCAAAUAAAGAUGCCUCAUUGGAAUCAGGUUUAAACCAAAAACAGGCAACGUAUCUCUCUUACCAACGUUUUAGAGAAUGGUCAUGUGAUGCAGUAACAUGAAAGAUGCAGUUAAAGUCCUUUUGUAUUUGUUUCCCCUUUUGGAAAAUAAAGACGUCAACGUUAUUCACAGACAA